GACUGCGCGCCGGGCACCUACUCCGGCGCGGGCACGGCGGCGUGCCUGCCCUGCGCCGCGCGGUCCUACGCGAAGGCCGCCGGCGCGACGAGCUGCGUCUUCGCCGAGCCCGGGUCCUUCGUCAACGAGACCGGCGCCUCGGAGCAGACCGCGUGCCCCGCGGGCACCUACUCGGGCUCCGGCGCGGCCGCCUGCAGCGACUGCGAGCCCGGCACGUACCAGGACGCGACGGGUAGGCCGAGCUGCAAGCGCGCCGACGGCGGGUCCUUCGUCGACGCGGACGGCGCCUCGGAGCAGAAGCCGUGCGCCGCGGGCACCUACUCGAGCUCCGGCGCCGAGACCUGCAGCGACUGCGAGCCCGGCCGCUACACGGACGGCGUCGGCGACUACUCAGGCGCCGCGGCCUCAAAGUGCACCCCGUGCGCCGAAGGAUCUUAUGCUUCCAAGCAAGGAUCGGCGACCUGCACGGCCGCGUCGGCGGGCAGCUUUGUCGCGAAGCCGGGCGCGACCUCAGAAGUCCGCUGCGAACCAGGAGAACGCAGCGGCGUCGGCCAGAGCAAGUGCGAGCAGUGUCAGCCCGGCACCUACGCGUCCGAUGCCGGGUCUACGACGUGCGAUCUCUGCGAAGCGGGCACGUUCGCCGAGGAGAGCGGCAAGAGCGCGUGCGACGAGUGCCCGGCCGGCAAAUACGCGGCCGCGGCUGGAUCGACGAUGUGCUCGAUCGCGAACGCGGGCUCCUAUACGUCGAAGAAGGGCUCGAGUGAACAAGCGACUUGCAAAGCAGGGACGAUCAGCGGCCCUGAGCAGAGCGAGUGUACGAAGUGUCCCGCCGGCUCCUUCGCCGCGGAGGACGGCUUGUCGUCGUGCACCCUCGCGAACGCCGGCUACGUCGUCGCCGCGGACGGCGCGUCCCGGCAGGAGCCCUGCGACGCCGGCACGAUCAGCGGCGCCGGGCAAAGCUCCUGCGACAAGUGCGAGCCCGGCACCUUUGCGUCGAAGCAAGGCUCGACGACGUGC